AUGCCACCCACGUACAUAACUAAGUUGACUCAUUGCUUGUCGAGCCACUCCUUAAUCUUUCUCCAUACGGCCGCGUCAACUGCCUUACCAUCAUCCAACUCUCCAUUCGCCACCGACGGCAAGAGUCCGGUGGCGGGUACAAUCCUCUGUUUGUGUCAGAUCGAGAAGGUCGAACCACUCUGGUUCGAAUACCGACGAGCUUCUUACAAUCAAGGCAUCGCUCUCCUCAACGGCGACACUGAACUAAAUUUGAUCGGACGACCGCGAGGAAUCAUCCUCGGUUUUCUCCACGUACUUCGUGACCUCGUGGAGACGAUACGCUCGGAUUCGAACGACACCCAAUCGGGGGACACCGUGAAAUUCUCUGCCCUCAACCGUGUAUCUCCAACCCCGGCGUGCCGGUUAACGAGAUUGUCGUUGCGGUUAAGAGACUGA